GCGAGGCCUACGGAGGAGCGCCGACGAGCGAGAACGCUGCGAGGGGAGCUGCGGCCGGCUCCGGACCGUGGCUAGGCCGCCGACCGAAGCGAGCUGCGACCGGUUCCGAACCGACGCCAGGCCAUCCGCCGAGGGGAGCUGCGACAGGCUCCGGACCGUGGCUAGGCCGCCGACCGAGGCGAGCUGCGACCGGCUCCGAACCGACGCCAGGCUAUCCGCCGAGGGGAGCUGCGACAGGCUCCGAACCGACGUCAGGCCGCCGAACAAGGGAACAACUCUAGGGUGCAUCGUUUCCCGUAGUCCGUCAGAAGAGCUGUCAACGCCUCAUUGAGCUCGCCGGAGAAGCGUUGGGACGGCUGCCUCGUCCGGAGGAGUGGUGGCCACCUGUUCCACCAGAGGGGAGGGAGCUGCAGGACCGUAGCGGGACGGUGGAGCCGCCCCACUUGCCAAGAGCCGCAGCUGCAAACGGCGAUUGGCUGAUCAGUGCGGCUGGCUUGACGGCGGAGCGAUGCGGCUGACUAGGCACACCGCUCUUUUUCUCGUGGCCACUGGGGUCGCGGCGGUGCUCGGCUCGGAGAGGGACACGGAGACACAACUGCAGGAGGCGUUCACUCGUCUCACCGACACCACUGUCUACGACCGCAAUGUGCGGCCGUUCCCCGUUGAGGACCAGCCGGUGGACGUAUACACGCGCAUGUACGUCUACUUCCUCAGCAACAUCGACGCGCAGUCCUCGGAAUUCUUUGUGCAGUUACUGGUGCGUCAGAGGUGGAACGACCCACGGCUGAAGUAUAACGUGUCCAACCGCUGCCUCCACGGGGAGGAGUGGCACAAGACGCGCAUGUGGGUACCCACUACCUACUUGGUGAACCAGAAGGACGCCCAGAUUAUUGACGUCAGCACAACCAACACGUUCGUGUCCGUCUGUCCGGAUGGCGGUGUCCACUUCAGCUUCAGAGUGAAAACAACUUUGUUCUGCGACAUGUAUUUGAAAAAGUUCCCGUUCGACAAUCAAGUAUGCCAGGUUCUGCUGGAGAGUUGGCUGCACACCACCCAAGAUCUCGUCAUGACAUGGGAGAGUGACACACCGAUUUCAAGCAACCCCAUCGCCCUGGCGGAGUACGAAUUGACCUCCUACCGUGUCUCCAACUCAUCCUUCCACUUCCCCAAGAGCUCCACCUUCAACGAGGUCCAAUGGCGGACGGAACGAGAUGUGGCCACCUACAGUCGCCUGAUCCUGAACUUCUACAUGUCCAGGGAGCCCGGCUACUACCUCCUGGACUAUUACAUUCCCAGCGGCCUCCUCGUCAUCGUCUCCUGGGUGUCGUUCUGGCUCAGUCCUGAAGCGGCACCCGCCAGGGUCACACUAGGCACCAGCACGAUGCUAACGUUCAUCACCCUGUCCAACUCCAUCAAGAAUUCGCUGCCGAAAGUGUCCUACACGAAGUUUGUCGACAUCUGGCUGUUCAUCUGUACCACUUUUAUUUUCCUGUCGUUGGUGGAGUUUGCAUUCGUAAACACCAUUCACAGGCGCAGGAAAAACGUCGCUCUAAAGAAGGUGACCACCAAGCACGUGCUGAAGUCGACCCUGAGUCCCAGCGCGUCACGAAACAACCUGAGCAAGUACGGCCCUGCGGCGCACCCCCGGCUCUCCAGCUCGUGCAGCACUCUGGACAAGCUCGGUCACACCAACAUGGCCAUGUCGCAGGGCUCGCUGCUCGUACCGCCGUCACCGAAGUCCCCGAACACUCCCAGCGUGUUCUUCGUCGGUGUGGAGGAGGACAUUAGCGAGUCAGGCCAGGCAGGAACGAAUGAGAACAGCAACUACCUGACGGUGAGAUCGUUGGACUCCUACAUCGGCCCCGACAACGCCAACUCGACGGUCACCUCUGAGAGCGAGCUGGGCCAGACACUGGGGCCACAGGCGCGGAGCCUGGGUCAGGAGCCGAUCCAACAAAGACGAGCGUCGGUGUUCCCGCGCCCCUUCAUCGAGAUGACGCCACCACAGAUCGCCAAGUGGAUCGACAUCCGCAGCCGCUGGCUCUUCCCUCUCUGCUUUCUGGGCACUAACAUCGUCUACUGGAUCUUCAUCGCAUUCUAACUGAGAUAUAGCGGACGAAAAAUGGCGUAUGGUAGGUAGGAAAGAGGCGAGUCGUUCUGUCUGGCCAACGUGCAGAGUUGAAGAAGCAAGUUCGCACUCACGGCUAAGGGCAAAUGAUCAUUUGCUUAAAUUUCCAAUCCCCUCCCACUCACGGCUUCUGCGAGAGAGGGACAAUCGCUUAACAUAUCCACUAGUUUAAGGCGGUGGGCCAAACUUUUGCCUUAUAGGUCAUGGAGAGCGAUAUUUUAGAGCUGCUGUCUUUCAUGAGAUUGCCGACACGAGCGAGGUCGGCAUGCCGGGCGUCAGCUGACGGUGACUCCUCUGUCUGUACUCUUGUCCUUCACGUCUGACGUACACCACUCGCUUUACGAUCGCGGAAUGAUGAGGUGUGCCCCAUAUCGGUGUGGGCUGCAAGUGCCGCGGCAAUCCGCCGGCGUCGGGAGGGAGUGGCGCCCAUAAACCGGACGCGCGACCCGCAGCCUCGCACGAUAACAGAUUUAUUGACAGCGCGGCGACGCCGUCGAUGGCCAAUUCGUCAGGCGGACAAUAACUGUCGAAGUCGCCGACAGGCGGGUGGGAGUCCCGCGGCGCUAUCGCCACGUGACAGGACGCCCGCGGGUCUGGCUCGACCGCACCCGCCGAGUGCUGACUCAAUGUCAACGCCAGUCAGUGCCGAUUGCGAGAGGUACGCUUGCGAGCAGUUGCAGCGAGCGUGGCCUUCCCAUGGGUCGACUUCCGGAGAGGCUAAGUGCAUGGAGGCGCUAAGUCGCCACACAGUAUCGCACCGCAGCCCGGCGAUGACUUGAUGUUGGUGCAGAAGGAGCGUCGAUGUAGAUGAGUUGACCUCGUGGGGAAGGUCACGGCGCCCAUGGGAGAGCAUUGUUCAAAUAAGAUGUCGCCCCAGAGUUUAUCAUAGUUCUUGGGCAGGACAUCUGAGCCCCUGGCGGAGCAAAUCACAUGUACGAUGCACAUCAGGUGGGUUCUAUUAAGCCGCCAUCCUUGCUGCAAGUGUUGUGUCGGGUUGCCAGGGUCGAUAUCAGCUUGUACGAUGUGUUGUGAUAUCCUGUGCGCAUUGACGCGACCGCGUAAGAUUGCACGUUCCCGCAUUCAGUUAAGAACAAGGCUAGUGCCAGUAGGCUGGCGCAGUUACGAGCUUGAAGGACAGACAUCGCUGAUUCCGAAUCAAUAUGUUGGUAUGUGCGCAGAUUGGUGGGUAGGGAUAUGGUGGUAGCAAGGCGAUCAGCAGCUGGCGCCACAUUACGGUGUGUUAUCCACUUAUAACGUCCUCGCCCCCCUGGCCAAACGGCGACACGCGGCAGGUCAGAAUAACCGGACCGUUUCUGCAAACGUGAUUGAUCAGUCAGCUCAGUAUUGGACAUCGAGCUGCGUCCGCCAGCCAUAGUGGUGAGCAGAUAACUGUGAGAUCGCGUGCGGUUUCAGCUGCCCAGCGCCCCGUUGCAUGUUGGCAUCAAAUACACAUGCCUGACGUGGCUAUCAGUCAUAUCUCCCUGUCCUGAACAUGCGCGGAUGCCACCAUUCUCAGAUCUCACGGCAUCCAAACGUUGAAGUAGGCCACCAACAAGCACGCAGCUUUAUACUUCGUCGUAGUGGUCAGAGUAGUGCCCGCCAACUUAAGCCCUCAUUGCCAGGGUUUCAUCGGUGAUUUGCCCGACUCACAGUAGCUCAAGAUGCAUCGCUGCAAGGACAAUUCAGUGGGCAUGCGUGUGCCAUAUACGGUUGAAACCCAGAGAAUAGAAGAAUAAUAAAUUGAAAGUAAUCACCCAUAAUGAGCUUAUGACCGGUUUUGUCCCGACGAUUGCCAAGUGACAUAAUUAUGACGUACUUGGAAAUAUCG